AAUGAGCGACACAACAAGCCAGGCAGGCAACCGUUGAACGGAGUCCUCUUCGACCGCCACAGCUGACAAGCCCUACUACCGGCCUAGCCCUGGCCGCCGACUCCUCGCCGGCGACGCCUUCGCGCUCUCAGCGGAGGACGAGGUGGAUUUGACCGGUGCUAAUCUCGAUCGAAUCCCCCGCUUGUCGCCUCUCUCCCGGCCUCCCGAUCUCUUCUUCACGCCACUUUUGGAGCCCGAUCUCUUGGCCUCCGCGGUGACCUGUACGGUCACGGAGAGGGAGCAGAUACUUAAAUACUGCUUUUUAAUUGUUUGCGUCUGUUUAUUUGAAAUGUCUUAAGCACUUUGUUUUGCAGCACCAGAACUACGAGAAGCUUUUUGAUUAUUCCCUUCGAAAUAAUAUGGUUGUUUAUCAGAGGGUUGACGGACUGAAUAGAAAUGCUGAUGAGCCUGUUUUAUCUGAAUGCUGUAGGCUUCUUCUUUUGCGCUUAAUUAGGAUGGUUAUAGAUUUUUUUGACAGCAACUUAUGCUUUGAUGCUUUUACGUUCAAUGAUAUAAUGAUAGACCUUGCUUAUGAUAAUGUACCUAGAUUAGUAACAGGUUUAACGACUAAUACUGCAACUCCUGGUGGUAUUGACCGAAAUUUGAGUUCCUUGGUGGAUGUGAUAGAAAAAGGUAUACUGUCUCGCUCUUCUGGAUUACCACAUGAUCUUACAGAACUCUUCAAAUUGAUGCGAAAUAAUGGGCAUAAGAACAUUGACAUAAUAAAUGUCCAUUCAUCUCUAAUUCCUCUGGAGAACGUGAGAGAGCUUUUUCUGAGGAUGCAUUCUGAAUAUUUUGAUCUCAAAAAGUCUUCGCCAACUGACUACAUUACAGUUUCGCAGGGCAUCAUCUUCCCUGCAGGUUGGGAAUUGAAGAUACAGUCAAAUAAGUAACCUGGUUAACAUGUACAACAAAAGGCCACUACAAAAGAAGAAAGGAGGGAAAGUGGCAGGGGGGCCCAGUAAUCUGCAAAUAACAGCACAAGGACUUACAAUAGGAACAAGCAGGGCUGUCCAGGCAUCAACAACAACAUCGGCAUUGGCGGCGCAACUACCGCCAGUAAUGACGCAAGGACAGGGGCAAGUCCAGGCUCAGCAUGCCAAGAUGCUGCAGGGGCAGGCACAAGGGCUGGUGGCACGGAAGCCUCAAAACUGGGUCCCUAUCAAUAAGCCACGGGUCUCAGCAAGCUCAUCAUCGACUAUGCCGCCAUCUGUUGUUGUCUCAGCAGUAAUGACCCAAGGGCAGGGGCAAGUCCUGGCUCAACGUGCCAAGAUGCCGCUGGGGCAGAAACAAGGGCCGGUGGCGCGGAAGCCUCAAAAUUGGGUCCCUACAUCUAAGCCACCGGUCUCAGCAAGCUCAUCAUCAACUAUGCCGCCAUCUGUAGUCUCAGCAGUAAUGGCGCAAAGACAGGGGCAAGUCCAGACUCAACAGGCCAAUGUGCCGCAUGGGCAGCAGGCACAAGGGCUGAUGAUGCUGCACGGGCAGACACAAGGGCUAGUGGUCUCAGCCAGUUCAUCAUCAACUGCGCCGUCUGUUGUCUCAGCAAGCAGCAGCGCGGCCCCUGCCCCUGGAGUGCAGCAAUUGUGGCCCCAGUUGAAGGUAGGGAAGUACAACGCUCCCGGGUCUGACCCCUGUGAGGAAGCCGUCCAUUACAACAGAAACUGCAGGGUCCAUGGCCGAGAGCAUGGGCUAUUACAGAACCAGGUUGAGAUUAUGCUUAAGCAUGUCUUUGGAGUCAUGAUCGCUUCCUUCCAGAAGGCGCUACACUCGGUGGGAAAGCUUAGUGACCUUAGUACGCAUACCUUGCUGCCUAAAUAGAGAUGUACCAGUGCUACUAACUACGAGUACAAAUAUGGAGCUGGAUGUUUACUUUACAUAAUUCAUGUACUUCCUUGGUGCAUGAAAAGUUACCCUGUAAAAAUAUGGAGCUGGAUGUUUACUUUAGAUAAUACAUUGACUUUCAACGUGUAUACUACUUGGUGGUACUA